CAUAAAUAGUUGCGUAUUUCGUAGUUAGCGCUACCGUGGUAUGUUGUUGGUCAUGGAUUCCUUAGACAAAUAAGGUUAAACAAACUAAGAUGUUUGUAUAUAUUCGCACCAACAGAUUUUAUCGGAUCAAAGUUCUUGAAAUGAGUAGAUUUUACGGUAGUGUUAAAAAUUUCAGAACACGGAAACAUUUGUUAGUUAAGCGAACACCUGGAUACACAUGAAAGCCGUUUCUAAAAUCGAUCUAAAUAUGAUGAAACGGCCGUAUUCUUUUAUAGGGCUUUCAAAGUUGACAGCUGGUGAUCAUAUAUUGAAAGUAACAUGCGAGAAGAAAAUGUCCGAAGGAGCAUUUGUUUGGUCAUUGAAAGUAGUAGAAGAGACACUUUUGGUCCUUAGCGUUUACUUAGCAUUUACCGACCGAAUUACAUCGCGAUCCGUAACUUUGGGCUCGACUAAAACUAAGUGAUUAAGAAUAAGAACACGUUUAAAUGACCUCGAGUAUAUUGAACUCAACCGCCAACUGAAAAGAAACAUCAAGUGAUAAGGGUUGUCGUAGAAAUAUACUGUUAGCCGUUUAGUAAAACCACUGUGUCUAUCCACUAACCAACAGUUAGUUGGCAACAGGAACUGGUAUCUUGUUGGGCGAUUUCGGUUAGGCUCGCACGUUUUCAUCAGAAUGGAAUUUAAGCUCGAAAUCAUAAAUUUCACAGAUAUUCAAUGAAAAUUACCCUUCGUGUUUCUACGUCAAUAGCCCAGAUGACUUGGUGCAAAUGAUAAAUUUGCAGAGGUCAUAUUUUUAAGCGAAUCCAUACACCGUUCGCUGUUUUGUCCACUAAUGGUUCUUUCUGUGUAUGGUCGUCCGACCAUAGAAUGAAAUAAUGGGCUUAAUUUCAUCUCGGAGUCAGCAAGUAGAUCAAGAAAAGGAGAUGCCAAGAGAAUGUCCUGUUGGGAAAGGUGAUGGAUGUCCAAUGAAUCAUGGGUACAAGAACCUCAGUCCAGACAAUCUUAUGCCACCCCCUAACCAACUCCCAAGUCCUGGACAACCUUUCCCACUGUCCACUGAACGCGAAUUGUCUUCCAUUCCAAAAGCAGAUCGAUCUGAUGGUGAAAAAUGGAUAUAUCCUUCACCUCAAAUGUUUUGGAACGCUAUGCUUCGUAAAGGUUGGCGUUGGCGGGAUGAUGAUAUCAAACCAGAAGAUAUGAACAACAUCAUACACAUACAUAAUAUAAAUAAUGAAUUAGCUUGGCGUGAGGUUUUAAAAUGGGAAGCUCUACAUGCUAAUGAAUGUAUGACACCGAAAUUGCGUCGUUUUGCUGGGGAUGCGAAAAACUAUUCUCCAAGAGCACGUUUUCGUCGGGCCAUGGGUUAUGAGUUGCCUUUCGAUCGUCAUGAUUGGGUGGUCGAUCGAUGCGGUAAAGAAGUACGUUAUGUAAUUGAUUAUUAUGAUGGAGGUUCUGUAAAUGAAGCAUAUCAGUUCGCUAUUCUGGAUGUACGACCUGCAUUAGAUUCAUUUGGCGCAUUUUGGGAUCGUGCUCUAGUUGCAUGGAUGCGUUUCAGGACUCCUGAUCCGCCGAAAAAAAUCCAUUUGAGUGAUCCAACAUUUCCGAAAAAGAAUGAAGUGUCUUGAGUAUUACACUCCUAUUUAACUCACUUAACUCGAUGCUAUGAAUUUGUAUAGCCGGCAAAAAUAUUUAGUUUAGUUAUCAUUCGAACUAACUCGAAAGUACCCUUACUGUAAGUGCACACAAGAUAGCUGUGAAUGCAAAAUUCACUUGUAUAUUACUUAAUGAAAUACAAUGUUCUGAUAAUU